AUGGCCAACGACGAAUAUGAUUUCCUCUUCAAAGUCGUCCUGAUCGGAGACUCUGGAGUCGGAAAGUCCAACCUUCUUAGUCGAUUCACCCGCAAUGAGUUCAACCUAGACUCAAAGUCGACCAUCGGUGUCGAGUUCGCCACCAGAUCUAUCCAGGUCGAUUCAAAGACAAUCAAGGCCCAGAUUUGGGAUACAGCUGGCCAAGAGCGAUACCGCGCCAUCACUUCCGCCUACUACCGAGGCGCUGUCGGUGCUCUCCUCGUUUACGACAUCAGCAAGCACCAGACCUACGAAAAUGUCACACGAUGGCUCAAGGAGCUGCGGGACCAUGCCGACGCCAACAUUGUCAUUAUGCUGGUUGGAAACAAGAGCGAUUUGCGACACCUGAGGGCUGUUCCCACCGAAGAGGCCAAGUCUUUUGCCAGCGAGAACCACCUAUCCUUUAUCGAGACGUCUGCCCUCGAUGCCAGCAACGUCGAACUUGCGUUCCAGAACAUUCUGACUGAAAUUUAUCGCAUUGUUUCAAGCAAGGCCCUUGACAGCGGUGACAGCGCCCAGGCCACCAUAGGCGCAGGCACCAAUAUCUCCCUGAGCAAGCCUGCCGACGACGAUGCUGCCAAGGGCGGAAAAUGCUGUUAA